AUGCCCGCAGACGCGUCAGAUAUGUCUGCCGCUACAAAGGAAACCCUCGCUCGCGUGCAGCGCAUGAUUCCACCGAUGCUGGAUCACUUCCACAAGGGACAGCUCGGCCGCGUCGGCGUCCUGGGAGGCAGCGAAGACUAUACCGGCGCGCCGUAUUUCUCGGCCAUGGCCAGCGCUCGCUUAGGAUGCGAUAUGUCUCACGUCAUUUGCACACCGGCCGCCGCCGCCGUCAUCAAGACCUACUCGCCCAACCUCAUGGUUCAUCCGUUGAUGCGCCAGUCGCCCGCCGCAUCCGCAGACACGCGCUCCUCGACUGACACUAGCAAGAAGAACGCCGAGACUGACCCGGAACGUAUUGCUUCAAGCGUGGCCGACAUAUUGCCUCGACUCCACGUGCUCGUCAUCGGACCAGGCCUCGGCCGCGAUCCGCUGAUGCAGGCAACAGUGGCACGAGUUGUGCGUGCCGCGCGCGAGCGGGACAUUCCUAUCAUCCUGGAUGCUGACGCGCUUCUGGUCGUGCAAAAGGAUCCUAGCCUCGUGCGUGGUUAUGCGAAGGCAGUGCUGACGCCCAACGUAGUCGAGUUCUCACGGCUGUGUAAAGCACUCGGUGUCGAUGAGGACAAAGUCACGUCUGAAGGCGGCGAGACUGGCAAGGUGGAGGCUCUGGCCAGGGGACUUGAUGGCGUGACCAUCAUCCAGAAGGGAGCCAAUGAUUAUAUCUCGAACGGCAAGACAACGCUUGUCGUUGAUCUCCAAGGUGGCAAGAAGCGCAGCGGCGGACAAGGCGAUACACUAACGGGGGCUAUCGCUACGUUCCUGGGGUGGAGGCACGCAUAUCUUGAAGGCCUCUGGGAUCGAGGCGAUGCUACACUAGCUGAGGACGAGCUAGUCGGACUUGCAGCAUUUGGAGGAAGUGCAAUCACCAGAGAAUGCUCGCGACGAGCCUUUGCAAAGAAGGGACGGAGCCUACAGGCGAGCGAUCUUACUGACGAAGUCCACAACGCUUUUAUGUACCUGUUUGGUGACGUCGAUGUUGACGCGGAGACCUCCAAGCCAUGA